AUGGCAACGGCGAAUACUUCAACAACAACUUCGAUGCCAACUACAACGACAACUGCAAGAACUACUCAGCAACUAGGUAAGCAUUAUAUUAACACUUCUUGAUCUUGACCAUCGCUAAUUUCUAAUGAAGUAUAUAUAGUUCUUUUGUAUGCAAUAUUACUCUGCAGCUAGUUAAAGGUAGUAUUGAUAAGAUCAGCAAUCUUAUAUUAUGAGUGAUUAAAUCUUUAUCAUAAGAAAAAAAUCAAUUAAUAGUAAUCCCCAUGUUGAUUAUUUUUCGUCACU